UAUAUUUUGAAAUCGUGUAUACACUUUAGGUCUAGUUUUUCUCAAAUGUUCCGUAUAACCAUCAGCAGCAGCCAUGGCCAAAUCUCCAACCAAUUUCUUCACAAACCAUCUUCAAUCUUCUUCAAUCUCUUUCACACUCCACCAACAUCACAACCCACAAAUCUCCAAUCUCAUAUCAUAGCAGAUUACCUUAUAAAUUCACUCAAAUUCACAACACAAGAAGCCAUCACAGCCACAACAAAACUACACCACUUAAAGUCCACUGAAAACCCACAAUCUGUCAUCAGUUUUCUUGAAAAUAACAAUCUUUCACAAACCCAAAUCAAAUCCAUUGUUCUUUCACAACCCCAGAUUUUAUUAAAAAAAGUGGACAAAACCCUUGAGCCAAAAUUCAAACUUUUUUCAGAUAUCGGGCUUUCGGGUUCGGACCUUGUUGCUGUUAUAAAGAAAGAUUCAAACUUGUUAUCAAGAGGUUUGCAUACUUCUAUUGUUCCCACUAUUAAUUUUUUGAUGAGACUUUUAGGUAGUAAUGAGAAAAUUGUUAAAGCUAUUAAGAAGUCACAUUGGCCUUUUUAUGGAAAGUUUUUUAGAAGUAAUGUGUUGUUAUUGGAAAAAUAUGGGGUGGGUAGUAAAGAUAUUGAAAGGGUUAUACUUAGAAACCCUAGGUUAGUUACUCAAAGCCCGAUAAGGUUAGAAGAGAAGCUCGUUGAGGUCGAAAAAGAAUUUGGAAUUUCCCCGGGUUCUAGUAUGUUUAGUUAUGGGCUUUCGGCUCUUUGUUCGAUGAGUAAGUUGAAUUUGACGAGAAAGUUUGAGGUGUUUAGGAGUUUUGGGUGGUGUGAUUCGGAUAUAGGUGUACUUGCUAAGAGUCAACCGAUAUGUUUGACGCAUUCUGAGGAGAGGUUGAGUAAAAUGUUGAGUUAUUUUAUGGGAGAACUUGGUUAUACGUCGUCGUGGUUGUCUACUCGGGGGAAUGUUUUGAUGUAUAAUUUGGAUAAAAGGAUUAAACCAAGGUAUCAAGUGUUCAAGGCUUUGACUGAGAAAGGGGUGAGUGGAAAGGAGUUUCAUUCAAUGGUGUGCUUAUCCGAUGUUGAUUUUGUGAAGCAUGUUGUGGAACGUCAUAAGGAAGAGCUUCCUGAUCAAUUGUAUGAAAGAUUUACCAAAAAGUCUAAACCCGCGUAGAAGAUUUAUAGUUGAGGUGUCCAUCUUCAGGCGGCCAACCUCCUGGAGAGAGCGAUGUGCAUGGACCAGGUGAGUAGGGAUGCAACUCCCCAGACAAAGACCCCACUCAUAGGGUGAAGGCAGCCUGGAGAAUAGCUCCUAGCCGUUACGGAAUUAUUCUGCUCUAAUCUCCGAAAUUGAAGGACUUCAUACGGGCUGAGGACUUAGUAUUGAUUCAUGCAAAGAUGCUCCUCUAAAGCUGGAAUAAGGGAUUGUCCACAUGCAUGAAGGACUGGUCAUAGAAAAGCAGUUAAGUUGAAAUCUUAAUCUUAGAAGAUGAAACUGUCAAAGAGCCUCCAUGAGCUUAAUUGCAAGGAAGGAUCUUUUUGCUUCUUGAAUGUGGGAUCUGUCGGUUUGGCUUGCUGUGUUACCUGAAGAGGUAAGUUGAAGUCAUAACGAAAACUCAUGAUACUAUUGGCAGGCAUGAUAUAUGCUUUGUGAAUUUGGCAAAUAACUUGAAUUUGGCUAUGUAUUCAUCUUAUAUUCAUGUCUUUGUCAUUAUAAUCCUUCUGGGCUAUACUAAAUCGCUAACAUGGUUACAUAUUUCACUCAAGUCCCUUUUAUUUUA